AUGAAAUUUUGGAUCCCUUUUAGGAUUAUGCCUAAUAAUUCAAAUUAUUACUGGAUUAUUCUAGCCAUACAUUACUGCCCUAAUGUAGAUAUAGCAUUUAAUAGGGUGGCUCAUAUUUGUCGUAAUGUUUCACUUUCUCCUCCCUUUUAUCGUUUCUGCUUUAGUGAUUAUACACUUACUUUUUCUGCACCAAACAGGGUCCAACAAUCCUCUGGAACAAAAAUAUUUUUAACAUUAAACACACCAUAUAUAUUAGGAGAUCCAGACAACUUUAUUCCAGCUAAUCCGCUAGUAACCCCUGUUCAUAUCCAACCAGAGUGA